AUGGAUAUUGAGAUAGACGAAAAAAAAACUUGGAGUAAAGACACAAAGUAUGCGUUGGGUCUAUUCAAGUAUUUAACAAAAUGUCUUGGUAGUUGGCCACUAGACUGUUAUAAAUCCACUUCAUUGUUCAUUUUUUGUUCAGUUAUGUUUAUAGACUCAGUAUUAAAUCAUGAGAGCAAAAAUAUAAUGAAGAAAUUUGCUAAAAAAGCAAGAAAAGUUUUUUUUUAUCAAAUUUCAUUUUGUGUUAUUGGUAAUGUUGGUAACGAUUGUUAUUUUUUUGGCAUGGCAAUGCAUCUGUGUGGUCAACUUGUAACAUUACAGUUGCAAACUAAAGAUUUUGGAAUUGAGAUGAAUAAGAAUGAUAAUGGUACAAAUCAUAUUAGAAAUUUUGUUAAAAAACAUAAACAAAUCAUGAAUAUUUUGGAUUGUUUGAAAGAUUCAUUUAACUUCAUCUUAAUUGUACAACUAGCGAAUAAUGCAUUUUCAAUAUUAUUGAUGGGUAUUCAAAUGAUAUUAAACAUACAAUCAGGUGAUAAUGUCAUGGCAAUUAAUGCAAUUGUGAUAAUUUUGGUAGUAAUUAUGCAGCUUUUUUUAUACUGUCAUGCGGGUGAAGAACUUAAACAUCAUUCGGAAAGCUUAACAUUUGCUUUAUUCGAAUGUUCUUGGUAUAAUAUGCCGAUUUAUAAUGUUAAAAGUAUUCUAUUUAUUAUGAUGAGAACAUCCAAAACAUUCAAUUUGACAGCUGGAAGUAUCUAUCAUAUUAAUAUGGAUACAUUUACAAAAAUUCUCAAAGCAAUGGGUUCAUAUUUCUCGGUUUUACAAGCAUUGUUUAUUAAGUAA